AUGAACGGAAUCUUUCCAGCUGACCUCGCGGUCUACCUCAUUCUCUUCCCAGUCAUAUCAUACAUUUUCAUAACCCACAGAUGGACCGGUUUCUUACCUUGGUACUAUCUCAGCGUCUUUUGCGUGGCACGAAUCAUCGGCGGUGCCCUCGGUGUCCACGACAGGAACAGUCUCGCCGCCAACAUUAUCCAAAGCGUCGGAAUCUCACCUUUGCUUCUGAGUGUUGACGGAUUGAUUCAUGAAGCGUGCGUUAAAUAUGCAAUAUCCCUCCUCGUGUGUCCAUUUGCAGCUUCUCGUACGCCGGCAACUAACAACAUCCAUUCGUGCUUCAACAGUCGAGUAUACCGCUACCCAUCAAAGAACGACUUGCUGGGCUGGUCUGUUAUAGUCGGCUCCACAGCCACAAUGGCAACCGCCGUGUCCCUGUCUGUCGUCGGCGCAUUGAACAUAUACGAAGGCCACGUGAAACCAGACAGCUACGCGCUUUGGAAAGCCGGGUCUGCACUUAUUGUAGUGCUUUGGGCUUUCCAGGUCUUUUGGUCGCUCUUUUCGCUGCGUUCAGGCAAGGAUGCGACGCAUGAUCAGGCCUAUCAAAGCAGUACUGCACUUUUGCAAGGCGCGUUUAUCGCACUUUUGUUUAUCGGAAUUCGUGUUAUCUAUACUCUGGUCGCGGUCUGCACUCAGAAGAAAGAUCUCAGUCCGAUAGAUGGGUCGAUUGCUGUGCGCGUUGUGUUGAUGUUCCUCCCUGAGGUCUUGGCGACACUCACUUUGAUUUUGGUAGGGCUCCGAACAAGGCAUCUACGAGACCUCAAAGUUUGA